AUGACGUCUUCGUUACCCGCUCAAGCUUUUUGUCUACAAGAUCAGCGCUACAUGGAUGGCUAUUUCAUUAACGAUCGUAACCAGAAGCUCUUCUAUUGUGCUGCUUUCCCUCCCACUUCAGUGUCUCUUCGUGGUGUAGUGCUCUUUCUGCAUGGCAUUGGAGAGCAUUCACUCCGGUUUACGCACGUUUAUAAACAUUUGUGUGUCAACGGAUACGGAGUGAUUGCGUACGAUAUGCUAGGACAUGGUCAGAGUGAAUGCGAGAAACCCGACCUGCGGGCCCAUGGGUCUAAAUUUCACUUUUUUGUGGACGACACCAAUCAAUUUGUAACCGCUGCCAAGAUAGCAGUAUACAGCAAAAUGUUGCCUGAAGGUGCAUCCGAUCCGUCUCUAGUUAUAAUGGGUAUCUCUUUUGGAGCUUUAGUCGCUCUGAAUACAAUUCUAUCAGAUAUCCAUCAUUUUAGCGGCUGUGUAGUAACCUCACCAGCCAUUGCAGUUGAAUAUACUCCAGUUCUCUAUGUCAUGGAGAUGGUAUCCAAACCGCUAGCGUGGUUGUGUCCUACAGCGAGGUUAGUGGCUGGAGUGAACAUGAAUGGAUUAACUCGAGACCCUGAAUUUUUCAAGGAUUUUAUAGCCGACCCGUUGAAUGUCACGGACAAUUUGACGGUGCUCAUGGCAGUGCAGGUGAGCUCGGGGAUGUCGCAGCUGCAGACCGACAAGCAGAUUGAAGACAACAAGAGCACAUUUUGCAACGUACCUCUGCUUGUUCUGCAGGGAACAGAGGAUAAAGUUACGAGUGUGACGGCUGUAAAAGACUUUAUCAGUCGGGCUGCAAACAAGGACAAGGAGCUGAAACUGUUCAUGGGACUUUUUCAUUGUCUCUGGAACGAACCAGAAAAGCAGCAGGUGAUGGACUAUGCUAGUGACUGGCUUAAUAAACGGUUUCUUGGCCCGUCCAUAGCAGACUCUCACGACGCAGUGUCAACCUUCAUGGAGACCUCAAAUCUCUAG